AUGGAUCCUCCCAUUGAUACCCCCGCUAGUCAACAAUUGAUGCUUCCUCCCGUCGGUCCUGCCGCCAAUGAACAAUUGACGAUUCCUCCCGGCGAACCUCCCACCAAUCAACCGUUGAUAAUUCCUCCCGCGAAUCCUAUAGAUCUCCAAUUGAUAUCUAGACAACUGGCAGCUCAGCAUGAACUAAUUCAAAAGAUGCAGAAUGACGCUUCCGCCCGCGACGAAGAAUACGACCUCCUCAGCAAAAAGUUUGACAAGAUCUCGGUCAAGAAGUCAUCUACAAAAAGACAUUCAUCUGUAACAACAAAGAUCAAGCCCGCAAGCUCUGGUGCUCGAAAAUCAAAGGUCUCUCCUACUAAGACCCCCAAAAGACCUUCGACUUCUGCCAAAUCGACCCCAAAAUCAACAUCGAAAACCUCCAGACGUGCCUCUGCACCACCUCCAAAGUCAUCCCCAGUAAAACGAGAUCCCAAUCAAUUAGAUACACUUGAGGUUCCUGAAGGGUUUCAAAAAACCAAGGAUUGUUUUUAUGCUUUUAUUCGAAUCUUAUGGAACAUGAUGGAAAAAGGCUCGAUUCCCGUGGUACCUGACCCAGAACGUUUGGCCGAAUUCAACGCUCGAUUCACCGAGGCUGCUCAGAUCACAGAGGUCGCUGACAGCUCUACAGAACAGGACCUUAUCCCUCACAACGAGAUCGUGACACUUGCUGACGCUCGAUCUGGACGCAUCAAGAUCGGCCGUGGAAUUGUGCACGUUCAGGACUUUUUUCUUUGUUACUCUCUAGCUAUGCUGGCCAAGCUUGGAAUCCGCCGCUGGUGUCCUGACCUCACAGAUGCACCCGAUUCCCUCUGGAACGAGGCAUGUCGUAUUAGUGCUAUCCGGAUCUUUCGAAUGUGGGUCACUGGGAAAGCGUUUCCAAACGCUAGCGGCCAGUACCUCAACAAUAUCCUUUUACUUGAGCGAACCUACAACCAUUAUGUUCAUUACUGGAUCGCUUCGAAAUUCAAGAGGGAGACAAAAGAAAACGGUAGUAUUCAAAAAGAAGAGGAAAGAAAAGCGGUUCAACGGGCUCGUCAACGCAUGAGAACGUUUUUCCCCUCUUUUAUUCAACAUUGGCUUACUAUUGCUUCAUACCUGCAGCUUCGUGAUGCUCGGUUUGCUCAUGCAGUCGCACACAAGUUUCCUAAGCGCUAUCAGGAGAUGUUGGCUAUGGUCGAGGCUCAUAGCAACGAUGAAUAUCGCCCCAAGUGUGGUGCUUACGUAGUCAAGACCCCAGGAUACUGA